UCAAAAAUGGCAACUUGAUUACCGAGUGUAAGUCGGUGACUACCUGGAACUGUGGCACAAAGAACCACAAGUUUAGGCAUUCAGAAAAUUUGCUAUAGCAUCAAAUCUACUAUGAAAGUAUUGCUCGGAGUUGUCACGCUUGUUUCAUUGUCCAGGGGCUCGGAAGCCUUUUCGCCGGCGCAACCGGCUACAUCUUCGACUCGCUCACUGGUUCAAAGCUGUCGAUCUUCACCAAAUGCACUACUUACAACGCCAUUAUUCGCGGAGAAAGAGAAGAGCAAGAAACCGUUCGACGAAGGUCUCCGCACAAAGCUAGUUUCGGAAAGCAUCGCCCCCUGGCGCACGCUGCGUUUGUUUCUGUACACGGCUUUAGGGGCGGGUGCCUUUAUCGGGGGUCUCGUCAACUUAUCGGGAACAGCAGCAGCUAUAAGCGGUGCGCGAUCUGACGUAGAUAUGAAUACUGAGUACAUCAAUUUGGCCAUUGAUUUCGGUGCGGUUGCAGUGUUUGCCUUUUUGACGAAAUUCGAUCUUGAUAAGCAAAAAGACUUGAACGAAAAUGUCGAGAAGAAGAUUGAGCUAAAGAAACAGCAAAAGCAGCUCGUCAAAGGGAUGAAGGAACGCGAAAAGCAACUAGCAACAUUAAACGUGGAGAUUCAAGUUUCAGCUACUGGCGAUACCAAGCAAGCUUCAGUUCGCCAACUACAGGCCGGCGCUCGCCAGCAUAUGAUUGUAGUGGCAGGCCCGAAAAAGGCCACGCGGGAUGCUCUCAUUGGAGCCAACUUGCUAAAAAUGGAUUUUGCCAUGAGCAACGUUCUUGUCGUACCUUUUGAAACCGAUGUUACCGAGGCUGAUCGUCUUUCGCGGCCAGAAGGUGGAUUUGGCGAACGUCCAAUGUACGAAACCCAACCCUAUGUGGCUCAGGCGGUUGGCGAGGGAUGGCAAGAGUACAUAAAAUCGGAAAUGAGCGAUGCCGUCAAACAGAACGGCGAAAAAGUCAAAGAAGAGGGCAUUGCUAUUGUUGUCGCUAGUACUGGAAAGAUUAUACGACGAGGCGUCGGUAAAGUUCCUUGGCGACAGAUGGUGGAGCAACUGCAAGCAUCUACGAAAGAGAAGGAAGGUUCCGGACUGCUACCUUUUUAAACCACCAACCGACUCUAGCUUUUGUAUUGGCGACAGAGUAGCCGUUUCAGCGCUCGUGAUACAUCCUAGUAACACUCACCCCUUAAAAAACGU